AUGGUGAGUGUUAGUAUAUUCAGUUCAAAUGCUCAAAUGUCUAUCAAUUGUGAAUUUGUUAAUUUAAAUUAAAUGGAUUAUGGAAUAAAAUUCGAAAAAGGAGGAAGUAAUUUUGCUCAAACAUAUCAAAAAGACUACAAUUUAAUUAUUCAACAACAGAAUGAUAAAUUUCAAAAUUUAAAUUUGAUACAACAUACUUUGAACUGA